CUAAGCCCUAGCCUGAUUCGCUUAGUAAAUGGCGCCUAACCGGAUUCGGGGUGCACCACAAACCUCCCCUUCUUCCCUCGAUCACUCGGUACUCGGUACGAUCACCCGCUUCAUCAUCAUCCCUUCGCAUUCAAAAGGCCGGAUCUGCUGAGGUUCUGCCUUGUGUGCCCUCUUUCCCUCCCUUUUUUACACAAGUCGAGCGCCUUCCUGCCCGGAAGGACUCACGCAACACCAGGCGUCAUGGUGGACGUCCGGUCCAAGAACCUCUAUGAGCUUCUUGGCAAUGACCCCGAGCUCGACCCUAACAGACCCCCUGCGCCCCCCGCCAAGGCUGUCGACCGUCCCGCUCCCCGCGUUGGCAAGCGUGAUGCUCCCAAGGAGGCUCCCGCGUCCCAGCCCCGUGAGAACGCUGGCCGCCGUGGUGGCCGUGUGACCGGCGGCAACGAUGCCGCUUUCCGUGACCGCAACGCCGGCCGCACCAACAACCGCCAGAAGCCCACCGAUGAGGCCGAGCAGCCCUCCCGCCCCCGCGGCGGCAACCGUGGCCGUGGCGACCGCCAGUCCCGCACUGGCCAGACUGACACCCGCAAGCAGGUCCAGCAGGGCUGGGGCGGUGAGUCCGGCGAGAAGACCUGGGAUGACGAGCGUGUUGGCGAGACCAUCGCCAAGGCCGAUGAGAACGAGCCCCAGACCCCCGCCGAGGAGGCUGAGGAGGCCGACAAGUCCAAGUCCUACACCGACUACCUGGCUGAGAAGGCUGCUAAGGACAGCCUCGCUGCCAAGCCCGUCCGUGCCGCCAACGAGGGCACCAAGGAGGACAAGAAGUGGGCUAGCGCCAAGGAGCUGAAGCACGAGGAGGCCGAGACCUACAUCCAGGGUGCCUCUGAGAAGGCCAAGCGCGAGAAGCAGCGCAAGGAGAAGAACUACCUUGACGUCGACAUGCGCUUCGUUGAGCAGCCCCGCCCUGCUCCCACCGGUGCCCGUGGCGGCCGUGGCGGCCGUGGUGGUGACCGCGCUCCCCGUGGUGGCGAUCGCCCUGCUCGCGGUGGUGACCGCCCUGCUCGUGGCGGUGAUCGCCCCGCUCGUGGCGGUGAUCGCCCCGCUCGUGGUGCUCCCCGUGGCGGUGCUCCCGCUGCUGCUGCUCCCCGUGGCGGCCGUGGUGGUGCCCGCGCCCCCGCCGGCCCUACCGUCGACGAGAAGAACUUCCCCAGCCUGGGCGGCAACUAAAAAAUGAACACUCCGAAAGCCUUCGGCCCAAGCGCUGUUUGAUCGCGUGUCUCGGUUUCUAAACUGGGGGCAUUCGCUCUUCUCGCAGACUGCCUUUCCCUGCUUUGUGUUCUCUUCUGUUUCCCACCCCGUUCUCUCUCUCUGUCUAUCUCUCUGGCCCGUUCUCUCUCUAUCUCUCUCUCUCCUCUUCUCUCCUAGAUGUGACUUCCGUAUUACAUCACCCGGAGAGUCGUUAUUCUAUGUCUUGUUCUAGUCGUCCAUGGGGGGAACUGUCGAAACUCGUGCAAUGGCAAUAAAUGGUGUGACGAAUUGAUUUCCGUUGGAAAAAAUUGUUCAAAUUGUUUCUUCUCUCCUUUGCUCGAGAUUUGUCCUUUACCUCCUUUCCCUUUAUUUUCUAUUCCGAUACGACUGGGCUUUCUCGUGGGAUGAUGGAUGACGAUUAGGAGAGGGCGGAACGGUGUGUGGGAAGGAGAGGGCAUGGAGGAUUCUUCUGUCUUUCCGGGAAUGUGCUCUCUAAAAUUCCAAAAAUUAUCUAGGUACCCCGGGUUCAUCGUUCUUGCCCCGUGGAGAGGGGAUGGAGAUGAUCAUCCGGGGUCUAUGUGUGUCUUGUGCUCUCUUGACCUUUUUUUUUCUUAUGUUCCUACCUUCGGAUGUGGAAGGUGUGCAAACGUGAAUUGGAUGAACUGAAAUUUCAAUUGGGCUCUCCCAUGUAGUUUACCUGUAGAUCUGGAAGUUGUAGAAUGUCUGUCAGAACAUCAACGUAGUACCUCAAGG